CGGAGUUUGAAAUAUUCACACGGGACAUUUGCCUGCUUUACUGGUACAGUAUCGAUGCUUCUAUGUCAUGCUUUAGAAAUACAUUUUUGGGAUCAACUGUUUAUUCAUUUUCAAAACCAGAAUCUUUAAAGUUUUGACCUAGCGUUAGGGUUAGUGUUGAGGCUGAAAAAGCAAAUUACAGUAUUAUAAUCAUGAGUGAGAGUUUGGGUGAGCUGCUGUUGUAACCCAAAAUGAAUUUCAGUCAACAAUCUGAACUGUAUGACAUCUAAUUAUGUCAUCUUCAGUUUGACUGUCAGUGUUUUCGAAGAGAAUCCAACACAUACAUGCACACAGAAGGCCCAUAGUCUAGAGCUCUCAAACUACAAUCUGGACCUCGAAGCCAGUUCCACUGCAUUUGUUCAUUGUUCCCCUCUAAUCAGGGACUGAUUUAGACCUGGGACACCAGGUGGGUGCAAUUCAUUAUCCGGUAGAACAGAAAAGCAGCAGGCUCCGGACCUCGUAGGGUAAGAGUUGAGUACCCCUGGUCUAGAGGCUAUGCAAAGACAACGCAACAACAGGUGGACUUAUGGUGCACUGAUGCUGGGAUGGAUAUACAUCCUGAGAGAACAAGUCAAUCUAUCAGUCUGCUGCCUCUACAUCAAGCUAUCUUGUUCAGAGUAGACGGGUGAUUAGCUAGUAAAGACUGUGUGGAGGAGCUGAUGGGGCUGUAUUUUAUGGCUGAUGUCUAUGUGUGGACUGACCAUUUUUGACCUGUGGGUAUAGAAUCCUAUGAGGACAAGGUCAAUGAAAAGCUAUGGGGAAAGGACCUUGGGAUUAGUUACUACAUAGUUACUACAUUGUUGCCGUUGAAAAGAUAACAUUUAAUAGAUAAUAACAUCUGGAUUUAAUAUUUUAUUACAGUAUUGGCAUGUUCAAUGUAUCAGAGUUGCAUGCCGUGUAUUAUCGAACCCAGUAAACAAACCAAGCUAAUGUAAUGUAUCCUGUUGUUUCUAUAGCAUGCAAUUCCUAUCCCCACUACUAGUGACUCUCUAACUAGGCUUUAUGGCUGAACGUUUCUAUAGCGUUUUGCUGAGUAGACUUGCCAUAUGUUAGAUUAGAUUAAUGUAUUACUGAAUUAGUAUUAUGAUGUAAAUUAAAACCAUAUAAUUCCCUGUCUUCUUGGCUGCUUCAUUGGUUCUGUCUAUUACUAACCCACUCUGAUUGCUUGGCACAGAAAAUACUAGCUUUCCUACUGUAAGCAUUUGUAACAGGGCUGGGGUCAAUUCGAAUUGAAGGCAAAUUAGAAUUUCAAAUUUAAAAAAAGGAAAAACUUUGGGAAUAAAUAGCUUCUACUCCUCAGUUUAUUGAAAAAUCCUUGAAAAUAGAAUUGUUAUUUAAGACCCCAGUCCUGAUUUGUACUGUUAUCCCACUGGCUAUAAGGUGAAUGCCCCAAUUUGUAAGUUGCUCUGGAUAAGAGCGUCUGCUAAAUGACGUAAAUGUAAAUGUAAAUGUAUGUCAUGUAACUCCUCAGUCUCCUUCUCUGUCUUCCUCAGAUCAUGGCUGACUUUGACAUGGUUCUGAAUUGCUGGGGGCCAGUGGAGGCUGACUACAACACACACGGAGGACUGGUUCUGAGCCGGUCAGUGGACAAUAUUGGACUGUACUUAGCUCUGGUCCAGGGCGUUACGUUUUGCUUGCUGUUGCUGAGACACAACUGCAAAAUGCAGGGAACGCUAUGGACCGGAGCCAGACUUCACUGAGUUGGCUAAGAGAUGGACUGGAGAAUGGUUCUGGCCAUAAACUGCUAGACUGCAGACUGUUGUGUUGAAUGUAAUGCUAAGAAAUACACUACUGGUCAAAAGUUUUAGAAGGGUUUUUCUUAAUUUUUUACUAUUUUCUACAUUGUAGAAUAAUAGUGAAGACAUCACAACUAUGAAAUAACACACAUGGAAUCAUGUAGUAACCAAAAAAGUGUUCAACAAAUCAAAAUAUAUUUGAGAUUUGAGAUUCUUCAAAUAGCCACCCUUUGCCUUGAUGACAGCUUUGCACACUUGGCAUUCUCUCAUCCAGCUUCACCUGGAAUGCUUUUCCAACAGUCUUGAAGGAGUUCCCACAUAUACUGAGCACUUGUUGGCUGCUUUUCCUUCACUCUGCGGUCCGACUCAUCCCAAACCAUCUCAAUUUGGUUGAGGUCGGGGGAUUGUGGAGGCCAGGUCAUCUGAUGCAGCACUCCAUCACUCUCCUUCUUGGUAAAAUAGCCCUUACACAGCCUGGAGGUGUGUUGGGUCAUUGUCCUGUUGAAAAACAAAUGAUAGUCCCACUAAUCCCAAACCAGAUGGGAUGGCGUAUCGCUGCAGAAUGCUGUGGUAGCCAUGCUGGUUAAGUGUGCCUUGAAUUCGAAAUAAAUCACGGACAGUGUCACCAGCAAAGCACCUCCACACCAUAACACCUCCUCCUCCAUGCUUUACGGUGGGAAAUACACAUGCAGAGAUCAUCUGUUCACCCACACCACGUCUCACAAAGACACGGCGGUUGGAACCAAAAAUCUCAAAUUUGUACUCCAGACCAAAGGACAAAUUUCCACCGGUCGAAUGUCCAUUGCUCGUGUAUCUUGGCCCAAGCAAAGUUUCUUGAAAUGUUCCGUAUUGACUGACCUUCGUGUCUUAAAGUAAUGAUGGACUGUCAUUUCUCUUUGCUUAUUUGAGCUGUUCUUGCCAUAAUAUGGACUUGGUCUUUUACCAAAUAGGGCUAUCUUCUGUAUACCCCCCCCCCCCCACCUUGUCACAACACAACGGAUUAACAACACAACACAACAAAUUAACUUUUAAGAAGGGACACCUGUUACAUUGAAAUGCAUUCCAGGUGACUACCUCAUGAAGCUGGUUGAGAGAAUGCCAAGAGUGUGCAAAGCUGUCAUCAAGGCAAAGGGUGGCUAUUUGAAGAAUCUCAAAUAUAAAAUACAUUUUGAUUUGUUGAACACUUUUUUGGUUACUACAUGUUUCCAUAUGUGUUAUUUCAUAGUUGUGAUGUCUUCACUAUUAUUCUACAAUGUAGCAAAUAGUAAAAAUAAAGAAAAACUCUUGAAUGAGUAGGUGUUGUAAAACUUUUGACCGGUAGUGUAGGUUAAUGCUAUAUCUACACAUUGGCAAUCAGGAAUGAUUUAAAAUGUUCUGUACUGUAGAGGCUCACAGAACUCUCCUUACAAAUCUCUCUCUUUCCCUCUCUGUCUCUCCUUGCCUCUAGUCUGUUCACAGAGCACCCAGACACCCUGACGUUGUUCCCUAAGUUCGCAGGCAUCGCAGCGGGGGACCUGUCCGGGAACGCGGCGGUAGCUGCCCACGGGGCCACCGUGCUUAAGAAGCUGGGAGAGCUGCUGAAGGCUAAAGGUGACCACGCUGCCAUCCUCAAACCCCUGGCAACCACCCACGCCAAGCAGCACAAGAUCGCCCUCAACAACUUCAAGGUGAGGGUGGAUGAUUCCAGUCUCCCUCCCUUCUCUCUUUAUCUGAAUCUAGCAGUUUUUUCUCCUCUAUUCAUAAAUGUAAAUACAUUUAAUUGUUGCAUUCACUCCAGUUUUACCAUGACACUGUCAUUCUUAGUUUACUAAAAUGCUGAGUGAAAAAUAUACUUCAUAAAGUGCUUUUAUUCAGUAUGAAAUUAAACAUUAUCAUCUCUCUUGCUUCUCACCAGCUCAUCACCGAGAUCAUCUGCAAGGUGAUGGGUGAGAAUGCAGGGCUGGACGGGGCAGGGCAGGAAGCGCUGAGGAAGGUGAUGGGCGUGGUCAUAGCUGACAUCGACGUCACCUACAAGGAGCUGGGCUUCGCUGGCUAAACGGUUUACCUCAACGACCUACGACCCCCACGCCAGGGGUCACAAGAGGUCACACGGAAAGGACAACAACUGGAGACAUUUACUGGGAGCUUACACGUGAAGCAGAGUGGUUACUAGUUUAUAUACAGUACAUUCUAAGUGCUGGUUUGCUUGUGACUUGCUGAAAGUACAGGAGGUGUAUGGGGCAAAGCUUUUGUGAAAAUUCUGCAUUUCUCUCUGUACAGUAUAUUGCCUUAAUCUGCCAUUUCAAUGUAGUUUGCUUACUGAAUGGUAACUGUUUCUCAUUGCACUAAACCAAUAAACGUUCUAUCAGCUGCAAAUAAGUGCUUAAAA